AUGGAGCCUAAAAGGUUAGUUAUAAUUUUAGAAAGCAUCGAUGGUGUUACAAGAAUCCAAGAAGUAUAUGAGCAAUGGAAGUACUCAAUGCUAGCCCAAGCUAUAGAAAAUAUUUAUAGGAUACCUAAAGAUGCUCAAUUAAUUUUUUUCGAAAGGAAAUUACAUAGGUAUGCUGAAGAUAAAGACAAAACAUUGGGAGAAUUGGGAAUAAAAACAACUCUAAAAUAUGUUUCAUCCAUAAGAAACCAAUGUGUUAAGUAUAAUUGGAUAUUUAGAAAUAUUUUAAUAUAA